AUGUCGAGCAUCAUUCACAAAGUCAAGGAUGCCGUGACCGGUCAUCAUCAUGAUGAGUCGAAUACAUCCAGCAUCAAGACUGAUGAUACCCGGGAUACUUACGGAUCCUCGGACAAGACUACGGACAAUACUUUUAGCAAAAACACUUCUACCGGCGCAGGCUCGAACACCUAUGGCUCUGGCUCUGGCCCCGGCUAUGAGACUGGCAGUGGCAUCGGUACUGGCACCGGCACUAUCCAUGACUCCCGCAAGGGUCCAAUUGAUGUCGGCCCGGGAACGUCAGAUACCUACAGAUCAAGCACUGCUGGCGGAUAUGGCUCAUCCAACACUGGGUCCAGCAAGAUCAAUGCUGGUCCCCAUGACUCUAAGCUAGCCAACAAGGCUGAUCCCCGUGUCGAUAGCGAUCUCGACAACCGGGGCUCCAACAACACCUUUGGCAGCACCACUGGCCACUCUGCUAAACAGACAGGUUAUGGCUCCAGCGAUCCCUUGUCUAGCAAUGACAACUACGGCAGCACCACUACUGGACAGACCGGAUAUGGCUCUAGCAACCCCUUGUCCAGCAACAGCACCACUGGACAGACCGGAUAUGACUCUAGCAACCCUUUGUCCAGCAACACCACCACUGGACAGACUAGCCACGGCUAUAACAACGCCUUUGGCAGCACCACUGGCCACUCUGCUAAACAGACAGGUUAUGGCUCCAGCAAUCCCUUGUCUAGCAAUGACAACUACGGCAGCACCACUACUGGACAGACUGGCUACGGCUCUAGCAACCCCUUGUCUAGCAACACCACCAGCCACUCUACUAGCCACGGCUCCAACAACCCCUUGUCCAGCAACAGCACCACUGGACAGACCGGAUAUGGCUCUAGCAACCCCUUGUCUAGCAACACCACCAGCCACUCUACUAGCCACGGCUCCAACAACCCCUUGUCCAGCAACAGCACCACUGGACAGACCGGAUAUGGCUCUAGCAACCCCUUGUCCAGCAACAGCACCACUGGACAGACCGGAUAUGGCUCUAGCAACCCCUUGUCUAGCAACACCACCAGCCACUCUACUAGCCACGGCUCCAACAACCCCUUGUCCAGCAACAGCACCACUGGACAGACCGGAUAUGGCUCUAGCAACCCUUUGUCUAGCACCACCACUGGACAGACUGGCUACGGCUCCAGCAACCCUUUGUCCAGCAACACCACCACUGGACAGACCGGUCACAGCUCGAACAAUCCUUUGUCUAGCAGUCAAAACUACAGCACUACUACUGGGCAGCCCGGUGGUGGCAAUAACUACAUCGAAACCUCGAAAACUGGGAAGACCUCUGGUCCCCACAGCUCCGAUCUAUUGAACAAGCUUGACCCCAGAAUUGACGCGAAUGAGACGGUUGACAGCGAACGCAAAUACUAG